AUGUUAGAGAACUACCAACAGCAAGACGGAAGAUAUGGUGCGCAGGCAAAUCCGUACGGUGGUGGUGACGGCUAUGGCUCCGCCAACCCAUAUGGCGGAAGUUCGCAGCAACAGCUCAAUUCUCUAGCGCCCUUCCAGUGCCAUAGCGAGUCGAAUUACUCGCAGCCAUCGCAAUACUCACAAGCUGGUGCCUUGAGCCCGUCUAACACGAAUGCGCUAACCGUCCCUCAUACAGACGUGCCUAUGAGCAACUUGCCUACGCACGACAACACUAUAGAGUCGCCACGAGCCCAGCCUCUGAGCCAAGAUUACUUCUUUGCGCACAUUAGAGGCGUAAAGGUGCGAAUUGGCCGGCUAAACUCGGAUAUCAAAGCUAUUGCCAGCAUCCACCAGCGCAUGCUUUCCUCGCCUGACAACCGCUCUAGGGCUGAACUCGAAGAAAUUGUAACCAACAUGCAGAUCAGAAACACACAAAUCAAUGACGAGAUUAAUUCUCUAGAGAGGGAUGCUGUGCGCGAUCCUAAUGGUAAAAUAAAAAGGUCUCAGGUUAAAACGCUUAAGCGGAUGUUCAAGAGCCAGCUCGAGGAUCUCCAGAAGGAGGAAGUUAAUUAUUCCAAGAGGUACCGCGAAGAUAUUGGAAGGCAAUACCGCAUAAUCAACCCAGACGCCACGGAUGCCGAGGUCGAAAAGAUCGUCGAUUCCGAUUUGGGCGACGAGGGCAUCUUUACCCACGCUCUCAAAUUCAACCGUAUUGGUCAAGCGGCCAGUGUUCUCGACGCGGUAGAUGCCCGCCAUAACGACAUUCAGCGUAUCGAAAAGACCAUGAGCGAGCUUUCUUUGCUGUUUAACCAGCUCAACAAGCAAGUCAACUACCAGGAUCUGCUAAUCGCAGAAGCAGAAGUCCAGACUGUGCAAGUCGAGGACAAUAGCAACGAAGCAAACCAACAGCUAGGCAAGGCCAUCAAGUCGGCAAAGCGGGCUAGAAGACGUAAAUGGUGCAUCUUAUUAACUAUUAUCACAAUUCUUUUCGUGAUUGCUCUAAUUCUUGGAUUGUACUUUAAGUUGAAACCCAAAUAG